CACCCACACGGCCACACCUCCAUCCGUUCUCAGUGCAGACACACAACUACGCACACAAGCGCACCGUAGUACCUCACUUCACAUAUGAGGAACGCGGCAGUUGGCAUGCCAAUGAAGUACGGCGGGGCUUCCUCGUCGCCGGUGGUUGUUCCGGCCUACGGCGCCGGCGGUGCAGUCCAGCCGCUCCCGUUCUGGUCGACGCCGACUCCGUACCUAUUUAUCGGCUUCGGGAUUGUGAUGAGCCUCAUCGCGGUGGCGCUGGCCGUCCUCCUCUGCUCCCGCCCCAAGGAUGGGCGCCGCGAGGAGGAUCAGGAGGAGGUGAUCGUCCAGGCGGGGAUGAUGUCCGUGCGCGUGCUGGCGCCGGUGGACAGGGAGUCGCCCAAGGUGGUGGUCGUGAUGGCGGGUGACGACGCGCCAUCGUUCCUCGCCAGCGCCACGCCUCUCGCCUUCGCCGGCAAGGUGCAGCGGCCGUACUGCCAGUGCCACGGCGGCCCCAAGCUGGACGUCUCCGCCGUGUAGCUAACACUCUUCGCCGGUUGAUCGACACCAACGUGUACAAGUGUCGAUCAAAUUAAACGGGAGGAGUUGGAUUUUGUUCAUAGAUUUUGCCUCCUUUUUGUUCUCGUGAAUUAGUAGUUUUUGCGAGGUGCAACGACGCGAUGUUGUCCUUGUGGAGAUGGGAUUGUUGCGAGCUGAGAGCAUUCAGCGAGUGCAAUCAAUACACUCACCUAAUUUUGCUCCAUGUCCAUGAUAUUUUGUGUUCUGAGAAAAAAGUUAUGAAAUGGUACCUGCUUUUACAACGGAA